UUGGGUAUUUUCUCUCUCUCUCUCUCUCUCUCUCUCUCUCAAUUUUUAUCUCCAUUGACGUGGGCUUUCUCCUUUUACCCCACCAUACCUUUCUUUAAACCUGGUUGUCUCUGUCUCUGCCUAUAUUUGAUGCUUAGAACCCAUUUUAGAUUCUCUUCAAGGCUUAACAUUGCUAACUUCUUAUCUUGACACCUCUUCUCUCUAUGGGGCAUUAGGACAUAGGGUUUUUCAUUUCUGUGUAUUGAAGCCUUCCGUGGGGAGGAUAGGGUUUCACAGGGUUAGGGAAAUGGAGGCUGGAAUCCCAGCUCAAGGCCUUCUCUCUCUACCUUCAAAACCCAAAACCAGUGAUACCCAUCUCACCCACAGGCUUCAUUUUCGCUCGAAAAUCCAGAGCCCCAAGUUCUUGAACUCUUAUGAGUCCAUCAAUUCCAGGUCCUUUCAUGGUCUGAAAAAAUACAGAAAAAGCUUCAAGCUUCUCAGUUAUUUGAACUCCAAAAAUGGUGAUUUAUACAAGGAAAAAAGUGGGCUUCUGGUUACCAAUGCUCAUGCAGACGCAACAUAUGUUUCAGUUCCGGAUUAUGGAGAAACGCCAAAAUUUUUGGGUGUUGAGAUUAGUACACUAAAGAAGAUUAUACCACUUGGGUUGAUGUUCUUUUGCAUCCUUUUUAACUAUACUAUUCUUAGAGAUACAAAGGAUGUGUUGGUUGUUACUGCAAAGGGUAGCAGUGCUGAGAUUAUUCCCUUUCUAAAGACUUGGGUUAACCUUCCUAUGGCUAUUGGUUUCAUGGUUCUCUACACAAAGCUGUCAAAUGUUUUGUCCAAAGAGGCCCUGUUUUACUCUUGCAUAUUACCUUUUAUUGCAUUCUUUGGAGCUUUUGCCUUUGUGCUUUAUCCUCUCGGUGAUAUAAUCCACCCAACUGCACUUGCUGAUAAACUUCUUAAAGCUUUGGGACCGAGCUUUCUUGGACCAGUUGCCAUCCUAAGGAUUUGGAGUUACUGUCUCUUCUAUGUCAUGGCUGAACUUUGGGGAAGUGUGGUUGUCUCUGUUCUCUUUUGGGGAUUUGCAAAUCAGAUUACUACUGUGGAUGAGGCUAAGCAAUUCUAUCCCCUAUUUGGUCUUGGGGCAAAUGUUGCCCUUAUUUUCUCAGGCCGAACCGUGAAGUACUUCUCAAAUAUGCGGAAGAAUUUGGGCCCAGGUGUGGAUGGUUGGGCCAUAUCUCUCAAGGGAAUGAUGAGCAUUGUUGUGCUCUUGGGGCUUGUAAUUUGUGGGAUUUAUUGGGGUGUUAAUACUUUUGUUUUGCCUGCUGUGCCAAAAAUAGAAGCCCGCAAGAAAAAGGAGAAGCCGAAACUUGGGUUGGUGGAGAGCACAAAAUUCUUACUGUCGUCAAGAUAUGUGAGGGACCUUGCUAUGUUGGUGGUUGCCUAUGGAAUCAGCAUUAACCUUGUUGAGGUCACUUGGAAAUCAAAGCUCAAGGCUCAGUUCCCUAGCCCAAAUGAGUAUUCUGCUUUCAUGGGUGAUUUCUCGACUUGCACGGGUAUUGCAACUUUUACAAUGAUGCUUCUCAGUCGAGUCAUCCUUCAAAAGUAUGGAUGGGGUGUUGCUGCCAUGAUAACACCGACUGUUUUACUCCUCACUGGAGUCGGGUUCUUCUCCCUUAUUUUGUUUGGGGAUCCCUUGGCUCCUGCACUGGCAAAGUUUGGUAUCACACCACUUCUUGCCGCAGUUUAUGUGGGUGCCAUGCAAAACAUUUUCAGCAAGAGUGCAAAGUACAGCUUGUUUGAUCCCUGCAAAGAAAUGGCUUACAUUCCAUUGGAUGAAGAGACUAAGGUGAAGGGGAAAGCAGCAAUUGAUGUUGUUUGCAAUCCACUAGGAAAAUCUGGGGGUGCUCUUAUUCAGCAAUUCAUGAUCCUAACUUUUGGGUCUCUGGCAAAUUCGACCCCCUACCUUGGAGGCAUACUCUUAGUGAUCGUCUUGGGAUGGUUAGCUGCUGCUCGCUCUUUGGACAAGCAAUUCACUGCAUUAGAGGUAGAGGAGUUGAAAAGAGAAAAAGCAAUACCAAUCAAGACUGUCAAGGGAUCACAAGAGGGUAAGAAUGGAUCGAUUGGGGUAAAGCCCAACAAGGAAGAAGAGUCUAUGCCAUUAAAAUCAGGUGGUAAUGGGUCUCCCUACAAAUCAGUUUCCAGUGGAUGUGAGACAUCAAAUGGUUCAGCUUCGAAGCAAUCAGAGAUAGGAGACUCGUCUGAGACCCCGUCACCUCAUUCUUCAUAGGGAUAUCUAGGAUUGUUUUUUAUUUUUGCAGAGUAGGGAUAUCUAGGAUUAUACUGCUAGAUAAAGUAGGAAUUCUAGUGUGACCUGAGAAGAUAAAAUGAAUUUGAAUAUUUUGAAAAUAUUUAGCAUGGCAUGUUAUUGUGUUCUUAUUUGUUGUUAUGCACAAGUGGGUUUUGCACUGAAGCAUCGUAGUCUACAAACACAGGCUAAAUGUCAUCUCAACCAUCCAUUAGAAAGGAUGGUUAGUUAAAACUAUUCUGCUCAAUGUCAACUUUGAUGGAGGAACAAUUCUCUCUGCCGUCCACUUUCAACAAUGGACAGUCAAGAUGAUGUGUGAAUUUGUUAUAUGUAAACUGCAUGCAGCACUGUUGUGGGUAAUUGCAUUGAUUAUUGCACA